GGCCUGGCGGGGGGACCAUGGGCGCCUCAGCCUCCAGGGGCCAGGUUGCCCGGAUCCCCGCGCCGGAGCCAGAACCUGAGGAGGCGGCUCUGGGCCUGAAUCAACUACCACCGGAGCUGCUCCUGGUGGUGCUGAGCUACGUGCCCCCACGCACGCUGCUCAGGAGCUGCCGCCAUGUGUGCCGGGGCUGGCGCGCCCUGGUGGACGGGCAGGCCCUGUGGUUUCUGAUCCUGGCCCGCGACCACGGGGCCACUGGCCGCGCCCUGCUACCGCUAGUCCGCAGCUGUCUGCCCCCCGCCCGCAACGGCAGGCUCUGUCCCUUGGGCCGCUUCUGCUUGCGGAGGCCCAUCGGACGCAACCUCAUCUGGAACCGCGGAGGCCAGGGCCUCCGGAAGUGGAUGGUGCGGCAAGGUGGGAACGGCUGGUUGGUAGAAGAAAACGGACCAGCAGUGCCCGGGGCCCCUUCACAAUCUUUCGGAACUUCUUUCAGGUGGUGUCUCAAGAAGGAGUUCUUGGACCUGGAGGAAGAGGGUUUGUGGCCAGAACUGCUGGAUAGUGGCAAGAUUGAGAUUUGUGUCUCAGAGUGGCAGAGAGCCCGAGACGGGAGUACCUGUGUGUACCGACUCCUUGUCCAACUUCUAGAUGCCAACCAGACCGUUCUAGAUACAUUCUCUGCUGUGCCGGAUCCCAGCCAGCAGUGGAACAAUAAUAGCUGCCUUUGGGUCACCCACGUGUUUUCCAACAUCAAGAUGGGCGUCCGCCUUGUGUCUUUCGAACACUGGGGUGAGGAGACGCGGUUCUGGGCUGGCGACUAUGAAGCCCGUGUGACCAACUCCAGUGUGAUUGUGCGACUCUGCCUGUCCUAG